UCAAAACCUUGGGUUUUUUCUAGUCAAUAACUCACCUCCAAAGCAAAUGAUUUACGCGUGGACAAUGGCUGCUUUUAUAAAUAGGAAAAUGGAUAAAAAGCAAAAGAUUGCAUAGAGAGGGGAGAACUGAAGAACACAGAUGCAUAAAAUGGUUUCUCAAAAACAGGGCUUUAUUUGGUUAUCGGGGCUUUUGUUUCUGAAUGUCCUUCUCUUUUCUAGGGCUGAUGUCCACCAUUAUGAAUUUAUUCUACAAGAAUCCGAGUUCACAAAGCUGUGUAGCACAAAACGCAUCUUGACAGUAAACGGCAGCUUUCCAGGGCCAGAGAUUCGGGUUCGUAGAGGGGACACAGUGUUUGUCAAUGUCCACAAUCAAGGAAACCAUGCUGUUUCCAUGGAGUGGGAGGGCGUUGAGGAUUCAUUUGAUGGUUCAGAUGAUUUGAUUCAACCUGGUGGAAACUUCACUUACGAGAUCGAAUUAAACGAUGAAAUAGGAACUCUGUGGUGGCACGCUAAGAGUGCCUGGGCCAGUGCCACCGUCCAUGGCGCCUUUAUCAUUUUGCCUGCUGCCAAUGAAGAUUAUCCUUUUCCUGCGCCUACUUCAGAUGAAACAAUUAUACUUGGACCAUGGUUCAGACAAGAGUUAACGGAAGCAAAUGAAACCAUUGCUCCUGGCCAAGCAGAUGCUUACACAAUCAACGGCCAUCCUGGAGAAACAUAUGGAUGCAGCAACGAUACAACAUAUCGCCUACAAGUAGACUACGAGGGCAUUUACUUACUUCGCUUAGUAAAUGCUGUGGCCAACGAAACAAUGGUGUUUGGCAUCUCAUACCACAGCUUCACAAUUGUUGGACAAAAUGGGGCUUACACUAGACGCUCUUUUGCCACUUCUCUAACACUAGCCCCAGGCCAAACAAUCGACGUUUUGUUCUGCGGAAACCAAAAUCUCGGCCAUUAUUACAUGACUGCUCGACCGUCCUCUGGUAGACAUAUUACCACCGGUAUUGUACAAUAUACCACAACAGCUGGUUUUUGAUGUAAUUACUUUAGUUUCGAAUCCCAAGGAAAGGAUAUAAGAUUUGUUCCUCGAAUAAGAGAUUCAAUAGGGCAAACCACUAUAUCUCAACGCCCUCUAAAUCAUUCGUGCAUGCUAGCUAGCUGUGGAAAGUAAUUUGUCUUUUUCCAAUAAAAAUUUGUUUGUUAGCUGUAA